AUGGACCAGAUACCAGAUACAGCACAGCAUUUUAUCGAGUGUGACACAUAUUCAUGCAGAAAUUUCUCUAAGUUUUACUGCAAUACAUGUCAUCAACGAAUCUGUAACUUCUGUAGAACGGCCCAUUUAAAGGUAAAUAAAGACCAUGAGAUUGUCCGCUAUCAGGAGAGAAAGACAAAACUUCCUUUAGAGAAAUGCAGGAUUCACCCCGCUAAAGACAUAGACAUAUACUGCAAUUUUUGCCUUGAUGCCAUCUGUUCUGUCUGCUUUGCCCGACAUCACAGUGAUCAUGAUAAAAAUGACCUUGAAAACAUCUACAAUGACUUGCUACAGCAAUGUCAGAAAGAAAUAAGUGAGAUCUGGAAUACAACCAUUCCUAAAGCUAAAAAUAUUGUUGAAUCAAUCGGGGAAACGAGAUACAUUUUCAAAAAUGAAAUUGCUAAGUCAAGAAUUUCCAUGAAGAAGAGGGCAGAUGAAAUAAAAGAGGUUGUUGACUGCAUACUAAAUAAUAAAAAUAAAAGUCUGGAUGAGAUUGAAAACUCUGUUCUAAAUGAGAUGAUGACAGAACAGAAGAAAACAGAGGACUACAUAUAUUACCUGGAAAAAAUGAUUGCAGACUUUGAAGGUAGAAUGUCCUCAAUAAAACACUCUGAACUCAUGAAAUUCCAUUUAGAAAUUUCAUUAGCUACACUAAAGAUGCCUUUCAUAGCUAAACCUAAAUUCCCAAAUUUAACAUUUUGUACACUCAAUAAAGAUGAACUUUCCAAACAGCUUGGUGAAAUUGAAUUAGAUUCGUCUGAGAGAUUAAAGCUUUGUACUGUCACAAAAGUAAGUGAAAUUACUAUCCAGGAAAAUGGAACUUAUCAUUUGUCCCUCUUGCCAUCGAAAAAAAUUUGGAAUAGUGAUAUGUCGGGGAAUCUCAUUCAGUUUGAUAAAGAAGGAAACAUCUCAGAUAAGAUAUCUAUCUCAAGUAUGUGUUAUUUCCAAGCUAACCACACAGUCACAAAAGAGGGAGAACUACUUUACACAGAUGGCUAUGAAAACACUGUCUAUAGAGUUACUUGUGAAAACGCCAUCCAUAAACUUACUAAUACAGGAGACAGGAGACCAGAAGCCAUCUAUUCCUCUCAUAUCAAUGGACACAUAUUGGUUGCAAUGGAGAAAAAUAAAUUCAUGGCAAUAACCAGAUACAGCAGAGAAGGGACGAAACUACAAGACAUACAGUGGGAUGACAAAAGACAAAAUUUGUAUCAAAGUAUAGACUACAUCACAGAGAAUAUCAAUGGUGAUAUCUGCACAUCAGAUGAAGACGCCAGUGAAGUUGUGGUUGUAACUGCAUCAGGAGAGUACCGGUUCUCUUACUCUGGCCACCACUCUCAGCCUGGUUUCUGUCCCUACGGAAUCUGUACAGAUGUUCUUGGACACAUUUUAGUGUGUAAUGGCUAUAAUCCACAUAAUGAAAAUAGCAGUAGUGUCCACUUGCUGGACAUCAAUGGUCAUUUCCUGUCUUUCCUACUCACACCAAAACAAUGUCCUGAAUUUUCCUGUGCUCUGUGUAUUGAUAAUGAGUACAAUUUCUGCAUUGGGGGAUGGGGCAGUUCUACUGUAUCUGUGUACAAGUAUUAUCAGGAAACAGACAAAUGA